AGUAUAAAUUCACGCACAAUGGAAUGAAGCGUAAGCUAGGAAUGCCCUACUGAGAAAUUGGUCAUGGAAGCGCAUAACCUCCAUUCGGCUAUCUUCCACCCCUUUUCCCUAUUAUUUCCCAUUCUCCUCUUCUUUCUCCUCAAAUGGCUCGUCUUCACCAACCGAACAUCGACAAAAAGACUCCCACCCUCACCACCAAAGCUCCCAAUUAUGGGAAACCUCCACCAGCUCGGCGAACACCCACACCGUACUCUUCGAGCCUUGGCUCAACAUCACGGUCCACUCAUGCUACUCCACUUUGGUUUGAGGCCAACUCUCAUUGUCUCAUCCGCCAAUGCAGCCUCCGAGAUUCUUAAAGCCCAUGAUACUACCUUUGCAAAUCGACCUUCCUUGAGUAUCCCGAUGAGACUCUUUUAUAACUAUAAGGAUGUUGCCGCUGCCCCUUAUGGGUCAUAUUGGCGGCAGAUGAAGAGCAUAUGCAUCACACAACUUUUAAGUUCGACUCGAGUGCAAUCAUUUAGAGCCAUCAGGGAAGAAGAGAUGACUUUAAUGAUGAAAAAAAUUAAAGAAUAUUCUCAUGAUAUAUUUGACAAUAGACAGUUGGAGCCUUCAUGCUCUCAAAAGCAGUAUAAUUAUUCCUCUGAUUUUGUGAAUUUAAGUGAACUUUUCACGUCACUCACAAGUGGAGUGAUUUGUAGGGUGGCUUUUGGGAGAAAGUACGAAGAAGGGGAGGGAGGGGGGAGGUUUAGGAAGCUAUUAGAGGACAUGGGAGUCAUAGUGGGUGCUUUUGAUGUGGGGGAUUUCAUUCCGUGGCUUGGGUGGGUGAGCUAUGUGAAUGGUUUGAAGUGGAAAGUGGAGAAAUUGUUUAGAAAGAUUGAUGUUUUUCUCGAUAAGAUACUUGAUGAUCAUAUGACUAGUGGAAAUAAAGAUCAAAUAGAUUUUGUGGAUGUUUUGCUUGAAAUUCAAAAGAGUAGCACUGAUGGUGAGCAUUUCAUAGGUCGAGAUAACAUAAAGGCUAUGAUCCUCGACAUGUUUGCUGCUGGUGCUGAUACUACUGCAAUAGUUCUAGAAUGGGCUAUGACUGAGCUACUAAGGCACCCUCAAGUGAUGAAAAAGGUACAAAAAGAAAUUAGAGAGAUUGCUGAAAGUAAACCACAUAUAACCGAAGAUGAUACAAAGGAAAUGCAUUAUUUGAAAGCAGUGAUCAAGGAGACCUUGAGGCUAUAUCCUCCACUCCCACUACUUCUUCCUCGAGAGUCCACUAAGGAUAUUCAAGUACAAGGCUAUGAUGUUUUGGCCAAAACACGAGUAUUUAUCAAUGCUUGGGCAAUUGGGAGGGACCCUAAAUCAUGGGAAGAAGCUGAGGAAUUUAGGCCAGAACGGUUCUUGAACAAUCCUAUAGAUUUUAGAGGACAUGAUUUUCAACUAAUUCCAUUGGGAGCUGGAAGAAGGGGGUGCCCUGGAGGUACGUUUGCCAUUGCCAUUAUUGAGCUCGUGUUAGCUAAUCUUUUGCACAGGUUUGAUUGGGCAUUGCCUAAAAAAUCAAGCGAUGAGGAUUUUGAUUUAACCGAAUGUACUGGAUUAAACAUUCGUCGAAAAAUUCCCCUUGUUGUUUCUGCUAAGGACCAUUAUUUGUAAUGCAUGGACCAUGCCUAACUUGUUAAAUAUUGUAUCUUUUUUUUUUUUUUUUUGGCAUUUUUUAUAUGAAGAAUAGAUAGUCAUAUUAAAAGUUUCAAAUUCAAAUCUUGAGAAGCAGAUGUAGGGAAUGUCCUAUCUUAUAAUGUAACCUAGAUCUAUGUUUUCCCAAUAUAAUAGAAAAGUGUAAAAUAAAAAAAAAUCUAGUUAGUAAUUACACAAGUUUUCAUCA